CCACGAAGUUGUUCCCAAACCUCUGUCCCUUGGGAAUAUUGUAGAAGGUGUAAUUACACUAACCUCCAGUUGGUGUCGCUAUAACACCAGAACGCUUUUCACUGACGGCCUUAAAGCAGCACGAAGAAGAGUUAGAAGCCCAAAGAUCAACUGUAGUGUGAAGGAGAAAAAUGUUCAUAUUUAUUCAGUAUUUUGCUCCUAAGGACUUAUGACAAGUUUGCUCAUGAGGAAUUUGUCACCGUUUUCCAUUACUGUGUGUAAGUAGACACAGUAGAGAGUUAAACUGCUGCAGACACUAAUACGCAGACUCGAUCUGCUUCUGUUCAUUAUAAUGUUUAGUGGAUUAACCUGAUCAAAGCAGCCCUUCAGUCAACCAUGCCUUCAAAGACCCGGGCUACUACACUGGCAACGAGGAUCAGGACCACAAAAGACAGACUGCUACACACGGGGGAUGGAGUAUGACGGUGAAACCAACAGACUGGUAUCGAGUCUGCUUCAAAUCGGAGCCAGCGUACUACUCCACUUCCUACAUGUCCAGGUCCAGUCGGCGGUACAAGCCUCUGCAGCAGAGCGGCAGCAGCGGCUCUCUCCCCGGCUGUGACCGCGUCCGGCUGCCCCGAGCCCGGGUACUGCUGCUCUGUCUCCUCGGGUUUCUGGUGCUGGCUGGGGUGCUGGGAGUCUACCUGUCCAACGAGACCAGCACCACUGGACAGGUGAACCGCAUUGCAGCAGCAGAUCUGAGCAGAGACAGGUCAACCCACAAACCCAGCAAGUGCUCCCCUGCCCAAAUCCGCCGCCUGGCCUCUCAGGUGGACGGUACCCGCCUAUGGGAGAAUCACUUGAGACCAAUCCUAAUUGAGAGGCUCCCAGGGACACAAGGCAGCCUGGCGGUACAGCAGCACAUCACCUCCACUCUGUCCUCGCUGUCUGCCGGCUGGGCCAUUGACUUUGACUCAUUCCAGUCUUCAACUCCACAUGGUCAGGUUGCAUUUACGAACAUUGUCACCACUCUGGAACCAUCGGCCCCUCGGAGGUUGAUUCUAGCCUGCCACUAUGACUCUAAGUCACUGCCUCCAGAUCCCCGGGCCCCUGAGAGGGUGUUUCUAGGGGCCAGUGACUCUGCAGUGCCCUGUGCCAUGAUCCUGGAACUUGUCACUUCUCUGGAUGCCCAGCUGAGAUCAUUCAAACAGCAGAAACUUCCCGUGACUCUUCAGCUGGUGUUUUUUGAUGGGGAGGAAUCAUUUGAAGAAUGGACUGCCACAGACUCUCUGUAUGGCUCCCGUCAUCUGGCGGAGCGCAUGGCCAACACGCCGCAUCCUGCUGGAAACACACACGCUACCAUGCUGCAGGCUGUGGAUCUUUUUGUGCUGCUGGACCUGCUCGGUGGUCCCGAUCCACUGAUUGCAAAUCACUUUGAUAACACGGCACGCUGGUUUGACCGGCUGAUUGCAGCAGAGAAGAGACUCCACCGCCAGGGGCUUCUGACGUCUCACCCCUCAGAGCAGACUUAUUUUAGGAAGGAUGUGUACCUCGGACCUGUACAGGACGACCACAUCCCCUUCCUUCACAAAGGCGUUCCUGUGCUCCAUGUCAUCGCCACCCCCUUCCCACAGUUCUGGCACACGCUGGACGACACAGAGGAAAACAUGCACCGACCCACUGUAGUGAACCUGACCAAGAUCCUGGCUGUGUUUCUGGCAGAAUACCUGGGCUUCUGAACUCAAAACCCAGACGUGUGUUUGUGGUGAAGGUCCACAUGAAGACCUCUUCUCACUUUUUACCCCAUACUGGAGUACUAGUACUGUUAGUCACAGUGAUGACACGUUAUUUAAAAAAGAACAGCACGAUUUGGAUAUAACUGCAGACAGCAUCAACCUGGUGAAAUGAAGUAAACUGCACUUUUCAGUACUCACAAACAAAAACAUUACCAAAGACUUGGGCCUUGCUCGACCUGCCUGUUACAUGUCUGGACUACAGGGGUAAUCGUUCAUGGAGGAACAUUCAGUUAAGUUGAUUCUGUGAAUUUCCUUUUAAUUCUUGCACUUUCCUGUGAAAAAAAUCCUAGCAUUUAUGUCCCCCAUGAAUAUGAUGAAGAUGCACUAAUGAUUCAGACUUUGAGCUGCUGUGAACACCGCUCACACAGUGAAAAUGGUGAAAGACGUUAGAACACAUCUGUGAACAGUCUCAUUGACUUUACCUUCAGUUGAUGAUCCUUUGGCCUUAUGACCUGCUGUUUUUUAAAUGCGAGCUAUAUUGUAUGGCUAUCCGGCACAUUAUGUGUCAGUGCAAUGGUGAUAUUUAUGUGAAAAUCCAACAAAUGUUAAUUCGAACAUUCAAAAUGUGUAUGGAAACAUGUAAGAGAAAGAUACAGUUGUUUUGUUCAGGGUAUCUUUAAAAUACAAUUUCAAGAAUUCAAAAGCAUUGAAAACUUUUAUUGCUACAAAAUUUGUUGUAACUUCUCAAUAAGGUUCACAUGGGAACACAAUUCCACAUGGUCCCAUGGCAUCUUUCUUAAAAAAAGUUGGAAAACAAUGUCUGCUAAUUCAUGUUUGGGUAAUAAAGUUUACUUUGCAAAGAG